GGCGAGGAGCUGGGAGCCCGCCCGCGCGCGCAAGGAGGCGAGGGCGCGUGGCCCCGACUGCCCUUGACUCGCCCCAUUCCUUCUGCAGGGGCCAGGCGUGGACGCCACCGGAUCGCUGAGUCUUGCGGGACGGUGAAGCGCUGGCCGGCGUCAGGGACCUUGCCAGGGGUCGGGGGGAGCCGGCGCAGGGGAGCGAGAUGGAGGCGGCGAGAGCGGGCGCGGAGUAGCCGGCAGACCCCCGGGCGCGUACCUCCCCCGGCGCCCUGGCGCUCCGCGGGCGCGCGGCGGGCGGAACCCCCGGGGCUGCCAUGGAGGAGUCUAAUGUCAAGGACUUCCAGUGGAAGCGCCUGGCGCCACUGCCCAGCCGCCGGGUCUACUGCUCCCUGCUGGAGACCGGGGGACAGGUCUAUGCCAUCGGGGGAUGUGACGACAACGGCGUCCCCAUGGACUGCUUUGAGGUCUACUCCCCCGAGGCCGACCAGUGGACCGCCCUGCCCCCACUGCCCACAGCCCGGGCCGGAAUGGCCGUCACCGCCCUGGGGAAGCGGAUCAUGGUGAUUGGGGGCGUGGGCACCAAUCAGCUGCCCCUGAAGGUCGUGGAAAUGUACAGCAUCGAUGAGGGCAAGUGGAAGAAGAGGAGUUUGCUGCGUGAGGCUGCCAUGGGCAUUUCUGUCACGGCCAAAGAUUACCGAGUGUACGCAGCAGGCGGGAUGGGCCUGGACCUCCAUCCACACAACCACCUUCAACACUAUGACAUGCUGAAGGACAUGUGGGUGUCGCUAGCACCCAUGCCCACCCCGAGAUAUGCUGCCACCUCCUUCCUCCGAGGUUCCAAGAUCUAUGUGCUGGGGGGACGACAAUCCAAGUAUGCGGUCAAUGCCUUCGAAGUCUUUGACAUCGAAACUCGCUCCUGGACCAAGUUCCCCACCAUUCCCUGUAAGCGGGCUUUCUCCAGCUUUGUGACCCUGGAUGACCGCUUGUACAGCCUGGGGGGCCUGCGGCAGGGUCGGCUCUACCGGCAGCCCAAGUUCCUCCGGACAAUGGACGUGUUUGACAUGGACCAGGGGGGAUGGCUGAAGAUGGAACGCUCCUUCUUCCUCAAGAAGCGACGGGCAGACUUUGUGGCCGGCUCUCUGAGUGGACGGGUCGUAGUGGCUGGAGGACUUGGGAACCAGCCCACUGUCCUGGAGACGGCAGAGGCGUUCCACCCGGGGAAGAACAAGUGGGAGAUCCUCCCCACCAUGCCCACGCCCCGCUGUGCCUGCUCCAGCAUUGUCAUCAAGAACUGCCUCCUGGCCGUGGGGGGCGUCAACCAGGGUCUGAGCGACGCGGUGGAAGCCCUGUGUGUCUCUGACUCCUAGCUGUCCCUAGGUCCAGCGCCUUUGUCCUGGACCAGAUCGCCCCACUCUUGACAAGAGGAAUGGUCUCACAAAGCAGUUUGGGCUACUUCCCAGGAUGCCAGCUCCUGGGGUCAGGUCCUGGGGCUCUAAGUGACCUCCCUCCACCUCCAAAUCCUACCAAUCACAGGAAACCGUGAGAAGUCCUGAUGACCCCACCAGCCCCAGUUGGAGUUCAGCUGACCUUGGGAGAGUCCUCACUGCUCAGGCAGAGAAAGGCACAGGAGUAUCUGCUCCCUCCCCUCCUGUGAGUGCCCUCUCUCCCCAUCUCCAGGGGAGGAGGUAGGUAGGGCGGUUCUGACCCCGAGGAUGAGCUGCUGUGGCUUUCCUUUCCCCAGCUCUGAGCUAGUUUAAAGGUCUCUGGGGAGCGAAAAUGAAGAGGGGUUGGGGGGCUUCCCAAACCCCUCCCUUCUCCCUUGGUCUACCCCAUUUGGCGGUCAACUGUGGGCCUGCCCUGGACCUCAUCUACUCGGCAAGAAUUGGCCUUGGAGCUAGAGGCAGCUGAAUUGGAAUGGAAGUCGAGUUCACAUGGACUGGUCCAGGUCAGCAGCCUUGGCCAGGAAGGACCCACAGCUCUCUGGGUCCUUGAUGGGAAUGUGAUGAUGGAGGAGGAGCUGCCUCCCUGCCCAGGGUCUUCUCGUCACUCUAUUUCUCUUGCUGCCACCCCUCGCCACCAGAGGCCUGGCCCUUUUGUCACCAAUGGCCCCAGAGUGUUUCUGUGUGAAACCUUCUCAUUUACACUGUGGCAUCACAAUCCACAAAGGAUGGAUUAAUUGCACUCUGGUUAACAGCAGCAACACGAUGAUUAAAAUCUAUAUUCCUAUCUUCUCUGGCACCCUCGUGCAGGGUGGGG